UUACCCUCUGAUGUUUGGGCCAGUCUUCAAAGUCGCUUCGGAUCGAACAGUGCUCCUAGUUCUGAAAAGCUGCCCUGUUUGCAAUUGUUUGCAGAUUUACCAGAACUUUAGUUCGUCCUAAUUCAGUUUUAUCUUGAAUAAAGCUUAAACCACCAUGGCUGACGAUGAAGCGAAGAAGGCUAAGCAGGCGGAGAUCGAGCGUAAGCGUGCUGAAGUAAGGAAGCGUAUGGAAGAGGCUUCUAAGGCAAAGAAGGCUAAGAAGGGUUUCAUGACCCCUGAACGUAAGAAGAAACUGAGGUUACUCUUACGUAAGAAAGCCGCCGAAGAACUAAAGAAAGAGCAGGAGCGCAAAGCAGCUGAACGUAGACGCAUCAUUGAAGAGCGAUGUGGCAAACCCAAAAAUGUUGAGGAUGCUAAUGAAGCUGAGCUCCAAACAAUAUGUAAGGAAUAUUGGAAUAGGGUAUUUGGUUUGGAAGGUGACAAAUUUGAUUUAGAAAGAACGGAAAAAUUGAAACAGUAUGAGAUCUCCGAUCUAAAUGCCCAGGUUAACGAUCUACGUGGCAAGUUUGUUAAGCCAACUCUCAAGAAGGUUUCCAAGUAUGAGAACAAAUUUGCCAAACUUCAAAAGAAGGCUGCUGAGUUCAACUUCCGUAAUCAACUUAAGGUUGUCAAGAAGAAGGAAUUUACUCUUGAGGAAGAGGACAAAGAGGCGAAGAAAUCGGAGAAAGCCGACUGGCAGAAGAAGUAGAUGUAGCAGACACCAUGACCCGGCAUCUACGAAGAAUGAAGCCAACCAUAUAAAUAAAUCCAUUUGACACUCAAUCAAAACAUACUAAAUAUGAUAUGCAAACAACAAUAUUUAACUUUAAUAGCUGUCACAUGAUUUUAAACACAUCAGGUUUUCUUCGACGUCAAUUUUUGAGCAAUCGAAUUUUGCAAAAUAUGGGAAAUAAAUGGCAAACAAUCAAAAAAAAUUAUUCUCAUUUUAUUAUGAAUAUUUUUAGAUUUUGUUAUUCAUUCGAUAGAAUCAUUCUUUUUUUAUAUCGUUCAAAAAUUAGGUUUUGGUGUAGAUUUUGAAAAUUACUGGCAAAAUAUGACAAAAAAAUACUUUAGAUGAGGUAUAACUGCUCACUGAUCAUCAUAAUUGAAUUUGAAAUAUUAAUUAUUUCCUGUAUUGUUGUCACCUGAUUUUUCCCCCGAGAUAGAUGAUAUCAUGCACUUUUACUUCAUCAAAAGCUUAAUCAAUAAUAUUAUUCAACAAAUAAAUAUCAUAAAAGUGAAUUGGGAAUGUUUUGGUAUUUUUAAAACCCGUACAAAAUCACUUCUCAAACUGUAUCAACAAUUAUUUAGAAUCGGUUACAUAUUCGAGCACAAACAUUAAUUGGAUAUAAUUAUUAGGAUUUUUUUAUUUUGCUACUUGUGCCGUUGGUCGUAAAAUAUUAUGUUUUAUAACAAGUUUUUUUUUGUUUUUUAUAACAAUGGAAAUAAAUAAUCUCAAUGAUAUCAAGAGCCACGUUAAGAAGCCGUACGAGAAUAAACAAAGUCAUUGAAAUUUGUUAAAUACUAAAAUAUAAAAUGUAACAGUUGCUUUUUUAUUCAUAUUUUUCAAACAAUAAUUGGAUCAAAGGCAAUAUCAAUUAAAAUCAACGGAUAUAUUUUAAAAAUUACCGAUCGAUGCAAUUUGCUGUGAGUUCCAUCAUUGAAUAGUUUUAAAAAGACUUCGAUUAAAAUAACUUCUUUUUUGCAUUUUUUCUGCUGUUUGAUUCCAAUCCCAUUCGUGAGGAAUAAUAAAAUUAUAUUAAUUGUUUGUUUUAUACCUUGUAUCAUCUAAUACAAAGUAUAUUAUAAUAAUUAACAUAGUAAACGCUAUGAAUGAGAUAUUCUUAAUCAGACUUUUCUUAUUUUCUUAAAUACUAAAAGAAUAGAUAAGUUUUCUAUAAGUAAUAUUGAUUUCCAAUCGGGGUGGCCCGAUGAUCUAAUGGGUAUCCCUGUACCUACAAAGACAAUUCCCAUCACGAUCGUUCCCCCGUAGCAACGACAGACUAUUCGGUUACGUGGUUCAAAAAGCCCA